AUCGAUAAGAAAAGACAGUUGCUGAUUGGCUAUAAUAUAGUAUAUUUUUUUUCGAUAUGUAUUUAAUAUUUGUUGUGGUUUUAUAUUAAUUUCAAUGUAAAUAUUAAAUUAUAAAUUUUAAUAGUUAAAAUGUUUUUUUAAAUACAUCAUUGUAACUUUUUUAAUAUAUAACUUUAUAAAAGUUUAUAAAAGUUUAUAAAAGUUUUUAAAAAUUCGAUUGUAAUAUUAUCGUAAAUAUUUUGAUAGUUUGCGCGGCAAAUAGAGAGAGAUAUAAGGUUUUGAAUUGUACUGAUUAUUGUCUGUUUUACAGGUAGGUUAGUUUUUCGAGUACUUAGUAGUAUGGUGUUUGGCUCCUUCGUGAAUUUAAAAAGCUUUUGGUAUAAUUUAAUCUAAAUUAAAUUGUAGUAAAAAAUUCAAUAUUUAAUAUAUAUAUUUUAAAAAUUUUUAUCACGUUAGGCAAAUAUUAUAAUUAAAAAUAAAUUAAUAAAUUAUUUAAUAAUCUAUUGUUUACAAUUUUUAGUGAAAUAUUUAUAAGUGAGUGGUUGAUAGAAAUCAUAGAUUAUUUAAUUAAAUAUUUUAAAAUGCAAGUAAAUUCACAAAAACGUGAGAAUACUCAAACUACAAUAUUAGCAUUAUUACUUACACAUAAAGGAGGAUGUACUCUACGGCAGUUAAAUAAUGAUUAUUAUGAAACAGAAGGUGAACAUAUACCAUGGAAAGAACUUGGAUAUAGCUCUUUAUUAGCUUUUCUAUAUAGUAUGUCAAAAACAGUUCAAAUAGAAAAUAAAAAUAAUACAUUUAUUAUACAAGGAAUUGCUUCUGAAAAAUCCAAACAUGUUAGUAAAUUAGUAGCUGGUCAAAAAUGUCAGAAACCAUUUUUUGGAAGAAAAUUUUAUAAACCAAAUCAUUAUUUUCCUACAACUGCUCCUCCUCGAAUUCGUAUACCAGCUGAGAUAUUAAGUAGGAUAAUCAGUUUAGUUAAUGAUCAUCCAGAUGGCGUAAAUAAAUAUUAUGUCCUUCAAGAAAUUCAUUUGUGCAUGCCUUUUGCAAACAUUACUAUGAAAGACAUGGAAGAGCAAUUACAGGAAUUAUCACAUACGAUUUUUCAAACAAGUACUAAAAUUUAUCCAAUACAUGCUAAAGUUAAAGGAUUUAAUCAUUUAAAAAAUUAUAACAAUAUGACUUCUAAUUCUAAAUCUAUAUCUCAAAAUGGAGAAAAAUAUAAAUCUGUAACUGUUGCUGGAGAUGAAGAUUCAAAUGAUAUAUUAAAUUAUGAUGAAGAAGAUAUUUUAGAGUUUUCACAUUCUGAUUCUUUUUAUUCAAAAUCAAUUAAAAGCAAAUCUACAUCAAGCUUUAUAAAAGAAACUGUAUUUAAAUAUCAAGAUCAAGAGACAGAAUGUCUCCAAAAUGAAACUCCAAAAACUCAACAUAAUAAUGAUAUUCAAGUUCAGACGAAAUUGAAUAAUAGUAUUGAAAAAGAUGAAGAAAAUGUUUUAGAUAAAAAAAAUGUUGAAAUACUUAUAAAUGAAAGAAUCAAAUUUCGUUUGGAAAAACUUAUACAAAAUCAUCAUGAUGGAAUUUGGUGUGCUGAUCUACCAAAGAAAUAUCUAGAAGAAUAUAAAGUAUCUUUGAAUUAUGAAGAAUUAGGUUUUAAUAGUGUUAGAGAAUUUGCAUCACAGUUACCUGAUAUCUUUCAUUGCAUUCAGCCUCAUAAUGCAGGAGAUUUUAUGCUUUAUUAUGCAAAAAGAGAAAUACCUUCAAAUAAAAUAAAAGAGAAUGAUAAAAUUAAUAAUAUUACAGAUUGGUAUAACAUUUAUGAAACAAUUGAUGAAGAAGCACUUCCAGCAGAAGUGUCACCUGAUACAUGUAAAAUAUUAAUACCAGAUAAUGUAAUGAGUAUUGGAGAAUAUGUAGGUUACAUAAAUGUUGCAGAUUUAGCACAAAAUGAGGAACCUUUUAUAGAAGUUUUUGUUGUAGAAGUAUUUACACCCUCAUUCUUUUGGAUACAACUUCGUAAAAAACAAAAAGUAUUUAUAAAGUUUAUGGAUGAUUUACAUAAAUUUUAUACAAUGAAUCAUGAGCAAUAUGUGAUUCCACUAGUUGUACUAGAAAGAGGUUUAAAUUGCGCAUGUAUAUAUAAUGGGUUAUGGCAUAGAGGUAUAAUCAAAAGUGUAAAACCAGAUUUACAAGUCACUGUAAUGUUUUAUGACUAUGGAACAUUAAAAACAUAUUCUCCAGGAACAGUAUAUUACUUGCAUAGAAUGUUUUCCAAUUUACCAGCUCAAGCAAUACCAUGUGGUUUAAUUAAUACAAGACCAUAUAAAGGAUCUAAAUGGUCUCGUGGUGCUACUUAUUAUUUUGCAGUAAGAACAUCUAAAAUACCUUUAGUUGCAACAAUUGCAUCAGUUAAUAUAGAGGAUAAUUCUAUGAUAAUAAGUUUGACUGAUACAUUGGAAGAAGAAGAUGUACAUAUUAAUGAUUGGUUAGUUGAACAGAACUUAGCAGAACAUGGAAAAAUGGUUUGUAUGAAAAAACGAAAUUUUCCAUUUCAAUAUUAUUUAGAAUGUCAAAAACGUUUUAAACAAUAUAAAUUUAGUAAUAGUCGCGAAAUGGAAACAAAUUCUGAAAAUAAAACACUAUAUAAUUUAAAUUUUGAUGAAAGUUUAUCUCAUAAUAAUAAUUCUAAAAAAAUAAAUAAUAAUAAAGAAAAUUCAUAUAAUGAAUUAAUUUUAUAUAAAGAAAAAUCCAAGAAAUCGCAAUCUCUUGAAUAUAAUCAUUCUUGCAAAAAUGAUUUUUCAAACGAAAAAAUAAAUAGCUUUACAAUAAAUUCUGAAAAAAAAAAUACAAAAAAAAUAGAAUCUUUGUAUGAAUUAUUAAAUCUUAAAAUAAAGUCUAUUCAUUCUAAAAUUAAUAAUAAUAAUCAUAUUAAUAAAAUUAAAGAGAGAGGAAAUGAAAGAUAUUUAGAAUCUAGUUUUAUAUUAAGUAAUCCCAUUGUAAAAAAAUUGUAUGAAAAAUCUGAUAAUACUAAAUCUAAUAUUUCAUCAGUUGUUAAAAAUAUAAAAAAUGAUAUCUCAGAUACUGAUACUUUAUCUCUAUCUGUUAAAACCAAAGAAAAUAGUGAUAUGUCAGAUGAUAUUUCAUUGAUUACUCUAUCUCCUAAAAAAACAAAAAAUAAUGAUGUAUCAGAUACUGAUACUGAAUCAAUUGCUUUAUCUGUUAGAAACAGAAAAAAUAAUGAUGUGGUAAUAAAUAAUAAAUAUGAUAUUUUACAAAAACAUAAUAAUAUUCCAAAACAAUAUGCUUAUCAUUUUGAUGUACAUACUUCAGAAGAUGAAUUAGAUUUUAAUGAUAUUAGAAAGUCUAUUGGUACAUGUAAUGAAGUAUACAAAACAGAGUAUACAGAUUGGUCUGUUAUUGACAAAAAACAAGAAAAAAAAUAUUCACAAGAAAAUGUAUUUAAGAUACCACAUAAAACAAGUUUUAGGAAAAAAAAUAUACCAAUAGCUGAAAAUUGUUUUAUAAAAGCAGUAUAUAAUAGUUCUUAUUCAACUUUGAAUGAUAAAGAUACACAAUGGACACCAGCUGGAAAUAUUAAUAAAAUGUCAGAUGUAUCUCCGUUAAUUAUAAAAAAUAUUGAAAAACGUAAAAAAAAUAUUUCAAAUAAUAUGACAGUUAUUAUACCUCAAAAAAUAUUGGAAACAUUAACAGAUGAAAAAUUUUCUGAAAAAUUACCUAAUAUAUCUAAAAAUAUAGAAGAAAUUCAAUCAAUUAAUUUAUCACAGGAAAUUGAUAAUGUUAAUAAUUUAAAAUAUACAAAUAACAAUGAUACAUUUCAUAAUACAAAUUUUAAAACACAUUCAGAAGAUUACAAACAGAAUCAUUAUAUUUGUAUGAAAGCAAUUCCUAAAAGAAAAUUAUUAGAAAAAUUAUUGUCAUUAAAAGAUACAUCAAAUGAUAUUUUAAACAUAGAUUCAGAUGAUUUAAGCACAUCACAAGAAUCUAUAUUAUCUGAAUAUAAUAAUGAUAAUAAUAAUGAUAAAUAUACAAAAGAAGUAUAUAAAAAUGAUAUAAAUAAUGAAGAUAUAUCAAAUGAAUCCCGUUCGAAAAUUCAUCCUAAAUGUCUUCCAUAUUCUGUUAAAGUAGAUAUGACAGAUUUAUACACACAAGAGUCAUUUAAAUCUAUGAAUAAUGAUUCAGAUUUAUAUAAGAAAGAAUUAUCUGAAACAUCAUCAAAAAGUUUAUUUGCAAGCAAUACAGAAUUAGUAGAAUAUGUGCCAUCAGAUUCAAUAUUAUCACAACAAACUACAUUAGCAAAAGAAUUCAAUUUAAUAAAAAAAUAUAAUUCUCCAGAAAAACCAUUAUUAGAUAUGGAAAUAAAAAAAUCAGAACAAUUAUUAAAAGAAGAAUCAAUAUUAAAUGAAAAAAUCACACAAACACAAAUAUCAUCUAAAGAACUAGUAUCAAAAUCAUUUACGAUUAGUAAUUUAGAUGUAAAUGAGGAAGAAAUUCCAGUAACUUCAUCAAAAUCAUCCGAACUUAUAAACAAUUUAGAAUUAGUAGAAUAUGUGCCAUCAGAUUCAACAUUAUCACAACAAAUUACAUUAGCAGAAGAAUUCAAUUUAAUUAAAAAAUGUAAUUCUCCGGAAAAACUAUUAUUAGAUAUGGAAAUAAAAAAAUCAGAACAAUUAUUAAAAGAAGAAUCAAUAUUAAAUGAAAAAAUCACACAAACACAAAUAUCAUCUAAAGAACUAGUAUCAAAAUCAUUUACGACUAGUAAUUUAGAUGUAAAUGAGGAAGAAAUUCCAGUAACUUCAUCAAAAUCAUCCGAACUUGUAAACAAUUUAGAAUUAGUAGAAUAUGUGCCAUCAGAUUCAACAGUAUUACAAAAAAUUACAUUAAUAGAAGAAUUUGAUUUAAUAAAAAAAUAUAAUUCUGUAGAAAAAUUAUUAGAAAAAAAAGAAUCAGAAAUAUUAAAAGAAAAAGUAAUAUUAAAUGAAAAAAUUAAACAAAUAGAAAUAUCAUCAGUAAGAGAAUCAACACCAGAAUCAUUUGUGACUAAUAAUUUAGAUGAAAAUGAGGAAAAAACUCCAGUAACUUCUUCAGUAAAAUCAUCUGAAUUUGUAAACAAUUUAGAAUUAACGGAAUAUGUAUCAUCGGAUUCAACAUUAUCACAACAAAUUACAUUAACAGAAGAGUCUGAUUUAAUUAAAAAAUGUAAUUCUGUAGAAAAAUUAUUAGAUGUAGAAAAAAAGGAAUCAAAAGAAUCAUUAAAAGAAAAAUCAAUUUUAAGUGAAGAAAUCACACAAACACAAACGUCAUUUAUAAAAGAACUUGUACCAUCUGAAAUUUCUAAUAUACCAAUUUUAAAUGAUAUUGAUAUUGAUUCUGAUGAAGAAGAAUGGGAUGUUCAAGUAUCAUAUGCUGAUGUUUGUAAUCUUCUUAAAAAACCAUUUAAUGAGAAUAAUCAGAAUCAAUUUGAUCAUAAAGAAUUUAAUUCACAUCUAAAAAUAGAAGAAAUAAAUGAUUCUGAGUCAAUUGAAGAUACAAGCAAUACAAAAAUAUAUGAAGAUACAAAAGCUAAUCAUGAAGUUAUGUAUUCAGAUAAUCAAGAUUCAAAUAAAAUCACUGAUAUUCAAAUUUAUAAAGAUGCAGAAAGUGAUACUCAUGAAAUUAUAUAUGCUACAGAUAAAAUAGCUAAUCAAGAUAAAACAAAAAACGUAACGAAUCAAUGUAUAAAGUAUGAAACUCAAAUGCCAAUAAUAGAUUCUGAAGUAACUUCAGAAUUAAAUAAUAAAUAUACAUUUAAUUUAAAUAAUACUAUAUCAUGCAAGUUACAAGGUAAAGCAAAAACGUUAGUAGAAAUGUUAAAUAAAGCAAAAUUAAUGCAAAAAGAUUGUUGAGAAAUAAAUAUUGAAUAAUAUAAAUUUUUAAAUUUUAAUUAAAAUAUUCUUAUUUGUAAUUAUCUAAUAUUACUUUGGAUUUUUUGUAAAAAAUUUUAUUUUUAAUACUUAUUUUACUCAAAUCAAAAAUUAAUUAGGAAAACAUAUAUAUAAAAAAUAUAUAUUUUUUCAAGCUCGCUUUGAAAUUUUGUUUAAUGAUGAAAUAAAAUAUUUUUAAAAAAAUUCUUCAGUGAUAUUGAAAAAGGAAAUGCAGAAAUUAAAAAAAAUUAUU